UACUUAUUAACAGACUUCUUUGGGCAGAGUGAGAUAGCUCUUGGGGGGGGGUCUCAGAGUCCACUCCCCACCCCAGUGGUGUAGGGGUAAUGACCACAGUGUCUUCAUUUAAUCCUGAGGAUGAGGGUGAUCGCCCAAGGCUGGUGAUAGCAUCAGGGCAUGCUAACCAUUCCGAAGACGUUGAAGAUGCUCCCUGUAGGAACAAAAGCCCCCUCCCCAGUAAAAUGUAUGACUCUUUAUUUGUAAUCCAAAGCUCACCAUGUGUGGCACGCCAGGAGCCCCAAGAACAAUAGAAAUCAGCCUCAUGAUACUUCGCUGGAAGACAGUCAGUCAUGGAGUACCUAUGGCCAUUUGGGCUGUCUGAAUAACACCCCUUUCUCUCCCCAGAUGGCUACACCAUCUUCCCAGAGCCUUAUCUCUAUAAACCUUCAGGCUGGUGACACAGCCAUUCAUGUUCAAAGUUCACUCUUGAGACCCGUGCAGUUGAGUUAUCUGUUUUAAAAAGUCUUAAAAAGGGGAGAAUGAAGCUUUCAGGCCAUGGCUAGCCAUGCCUGCCUGGUGACAGGGCCCUUGUGCAUGUGACUGCGUCAUAGAUCUGAAGAGAAAAGGUACCCUUGGCUCAUCUAGUUGGCUUCAGCAAGAGGGAGGAGCCGGUCUGCAAGAUAGAGCUAAAGCCGAGGGAUUCUGGUGACAUUGGGAAGCCGUGAAAGGCUAGACACUGGGUUUCCAUGGAACGUCAGUCCUGCCUCGAGUGUAUGGAUUCUGGCUUUUGGGAAAAAUCAGUUAGCUUUGCUUUAAGCCACUACGUUACUGGCUGUCUAUCCUGGCAAGCCACAGGGCACAUCAGACCUUCUCAGUGGCAGGGAGGUGGGGGAAUUCUACGAUUGUCCUGUUUUCACUGUGAGGACAGCCAUGACUGUCCCUGGUGCAGAACAUCUCUCCUGGAGACCCCGCUGGGUGUCACCACAGUACCCUCCUUCUUCUGGCCCCCAGCUGGAGGUUAGCCCUGUGUUAAGCCUCAUCUCUGUUCUCAAGACCUUCUCGAAGGUGUGCCUUGUAGGAGAGACGCAGGACACUCCUGAUGCACUUCUCCUCCUAAGAGAAGCUGCCUAUUCAUUCUGGAGGGAACCUCGGAGCCUUGAAAUGCAGUGACCAAGGAAGGAUGAGCAGGACUCUGCACCCUUGAGUUUAGCAGGGAUUGAGUAGCAGGGAUACAAUUCUCCGAGCACCGCCAUGCAUGCUUCUGCCUACCCUGCGCACAGGGACCUUGUGUCAGCUCAGGCUGGCUAUGAUGGGAAGGUUUACGCCCAUAGCCAUUGGCCAAGGCCACCGUGGUAGUCAUGGUGAGAUUUGGAAGGGAGGUCAGAGGACACACUUUCUGUAUAUGACCAUCCAUAGUAUACACUGGAGACUGGUACCAGAUAAAACCAAGGAUGCUCUCACCCCUCCUGUUUUGUUUGCACUGAGCCUGAAAUGUCUUCCUGGGUACAUUAUGUGCCUUCGGGGUGGCUUGUAAUGACUGACCCACUGUAAAGGCUGUGUAAAUAGUGACUGAACCUUGCUCAAGGAAUGAGAACAAGGAAAAUCCCAGUGCACAGUUGCAGUACCACCCCACCUCCAACUCUGUGCAGCCCUGGGGACUGAACUUGGAAGCUUGUGCGUACUAGGCAAGCACUCCACCACUGAGCUACAUCCUCAGCCCUCUUCUUACCUUUUCAUUUUGGGACAGGUUGCACUAAGUUGCUCAGGCUGACUUUGAACUCACUCUGUAGACGAGGGCUGUCUUUGAACUUGCCUGCCUCAGCUUCACCCAGUACCUCUGAUUUGAGGCCUACGUCACCAGGCCCUGCUUGGACAUUCCUCUCUCCAGUCCCUGCAACACUCUUUGUUUCUGGUUGAUUCGAUCCCCAGAUUUGGAAGGGAGGCUCUAGAGGGCUGCCUGCCUCCUUGCUUCUGGAAGACUUUAUUUUAUUAGUGUGUGUGUGUGUGUGUGUGUGUGUGUGUGUGUGUGUAUGUGUGUAUGUGUGUGUGUCUGUCUGUCUGUCUGUCUGUCUGUGUCUCUGUCUCUGUAUGUGUGUUUGUCUGUCUGUCUCUGUCUCUGUGUGUGUGUGUGUGUGUGUAUCUGUCUUGUCUUUGUCUCUAUGUGUAUGCGUGUAUAUGUGUGUGUAGGCGAUGUCUGUGCCUGUAUGUCUGUGUGUCUCUAUGUGUGUGGACAUGUAUGUGUGUGUCUGUGGGUGUGUGUUUGUGUGUCUGUCUGUCUGUCUCUAUGUGUGUGGACAUGUAUGUGUGUGUCCGUGGUUGUCUGUGUCUGUAUGUCUGUGUGUCUCUGUCUCUAUGUGUGUGUCUGUCUAUCUCUCUGUUUCUCUGUGUGUGCAUGUAUCUGUCUGUCUCUUCUCUAUGUGUGUGCACGUAUAUGUGAGGGGGGUUGUCUGUGUCUGUAUGUCUGUGUGCGUGUGUGUAUAUGUGUGUGUGUGUGUGUCUGUCUGUCUGUCUGUCUGUCUGGAUAUGUGUGCAACACUCUCAGAGGCCAGAAGUGGGCAUUGUCUCCUGGAGGUGGAGACAUACAGGUGUUUGUGAGUUUCCUAAUGUGGGUGCUGGAAACCCAACGAGGUCUUCUGGUAGAGUGGUGCACAUCUUAACUGCUGAGCCAUCUCUCCAGCCCUGGGAAGCAUCGUUAUUCUCAAUUUAAAGAUGAGGAAGCCAAAGCUUUAAGAGACACAGAGAGCACCUACCUGGUGAUAAGCCAUAAAACAAGUAUUGUCCUGUGUUGGUGGCAGUAACUGCCUUGGUCCUCUGUACCCGAUGUUCACUUCCCUGAGGCCACCACUGCAGGGCUGUAAACCACAUGCCUUCUCCUCCGGCUUCUGUCCCCAGUCACCUCCAGUCUCAGUUACCACAUGAUCGAUCCCUUCGGCCUACCUCACUCUGCUUUGCUGGCCUCCCCAGCCCUUCCACAGCCCACGGACAGUCAUUGCACCAUCCAUUGGGCACCUCAGCACUUCCGUAGGUGAGCAAAUGCCUCGGGCUCAUUAGCUAACAUUUAAUAUUUUAUCUUAGUCUGAGGAAUUUAAGUCCAGGAAUGCACGGCCCGGUCUGUCCUCUGCUGUUCUCUGGCUAGAGUCCUGGAGACCAAGGUUGUCUGCUCAUCUGACAGUGCAGCUUGGGUAGAGACCCACUUCCUGGUUCACUGGGGUGUUAGAAUUGACCCCACCCCUACCCUCAGUCGUGGGUGUGGGAUGAAGCCUGUGGUCUUUGGGUUUCUUCCUCCCAUCCCUUGCUAAGCGAAUUUCUUCCCCAAAUGGCCCACCUGUUUCAUCCAAGCAGAGGCAUGGAGCAGCAGACUGUGCCUUUGGUCGUACCACCACCCACACAGCCUCCUUUAUCUUAUCCCCUCGGCCAUAUCUUAACUGACCAGAAGCAAGCUGUGUGGCCUGCCUACACUCAAGAGCCAAACCAAGAGCACCAGGGACUGGAGAGAUGGCUCAGUGCUUAAGAGCAUUUGUUCCUCUUGCAGAAGGCCAGGGUUUCAUUCCACGCCAUCUUGGUUUACAGCUGCCUGUAACUCCGAUUCUAAAACACCCAACGCCCUCUUCUUGCCUCCUCGGGCCCCAGGCACACGGGUGGUGCCUAGACAUGUCUGCCGGAAAAAACACCCUUACAACAUGAAACACGAUAAAAUCAAAAGUGAACUCAACGGGAGCACCAGGUGGCAGGGAUAUGGGGCCACCGUUAGAGUCUGUUUGGAGAAAGACCCUACAAAAGGUGACGAUUCCCCAUGGCUCUUAGGAUGAUCAAAUAAAGUCAAGUGGGUAAAUCUCUUAAUGUCUUUGACAUAGAGAAAUCCUCAUAAUUGACACCAAUACUCUAUUAUCGUAUAUGUAACAUAUAAUAUCACAUGUAUCAGGAAAUAAAUUGAGCAACUCAUAAGGCAAAAAGGAUCCAACAAGACCUUUAUAAAAACCGCUUGCCUUUUCAUGUAAAUAGAGCCCACGGGUCAGGUGUCUGAGGUUGAAAUGACAGCGCUGUGGUCAUCAGGAACCCCGCCUCUUCUUAUCGUUUUUGCUCAGUCAUUCAUUACCCCCACCAUGCCUGAGCCCCAGCCAUUCCACCCAUCCUACAACCAGGAGGAAAGAGGAAAGAUAGCCUUCUCAUCGGGUGGGUGCCCCUAGCCCUCUGCUGCUUGGACCUCAUUGGCCAGAACUCAGUCAUAUGAAGCAGCCGGCCUAGGAGACUGAGUAAUGCUAUCUGGGUUCUGGGAAGCCCUGGGAGCUGAGUGUCAGUUUCCUUACCAUGGAGGAAGGGAAAAGACUUCAGGAACGGCUUCCUUUCCAAGUGAGAAUCCCAGGCAGUGAGCAACACCGCCAUCUCUUUUCCAGCCCCCUCCAACUCAGAUCUCUCAUCCGCUCGGCCCACCCCAGCCAUUUGAAGAGAGUCAUCGCUUGAGAGUCUACAGAUGAUUUUUUUCACCGUGACACAGGAGAGUUUCUUUGCUCCGUGAAAGGAGUAUCUGUUGGCACUACUGCUUCUCCAUUCAUUUUCUCUCUUUGAGCUGGGUCUUGCACCGUUCCGCUGCCAUGAUGGCCCAGUCCAAGGCCAACGGCUCGCACUACGCACUGACGGCCAUCGGCCUGGGGAUGUUGGUCCUCGGGGUUAUCAUGGCCAUGUGGAACCUGGUUCCUGGUUUCAGCCCUGCGGAUAAGCCAACGGCUCAGGGCAACAAGACAGAGGGAGGUGGUGGCAUCCUCAAGAGCAAGACUUUUUCAGUGGCCUACGUGCUGGUCGGGGCCGGCGUGAUGUUGCUGCUGCUAUCCAUCUGCCUGAGCAUCCGGGACAAGAGGAAGCUGCGGCAGAGUGAGGAGCUGGCCAGAAUUCAGCAGCAGGCAGGAGCCGUGCCCCCCUCCCAAGAGGAAGACAGCCAGGAAGAGGAGGAGGAGGCCUCCUCACGGUACUACGUACCGAGCUACGAGGAAGUGAUGAACACGGGCUACCCGGAAAGCAGGGACCAGGAGCAGAACCCAAGGCUGAGCAUCUCUCUCCCCUCCUAUGAAUCGCUAACUGGGCUCGACGAGGCAACCCCCACUAGCACCAGGGCAGAGACAGAGACCAGCCCAGGGCAUGCUCCUGACAGGCAAAACUCCAAGCUGGCCAAACGCCUGAAGCCACUCAAAGUUCGAAGGAUUAAAUCCGAAAAGCUUCACCUCAAAGACUUCAGGAUCACCCUCCCAGACAAGAACGUUCCCCCUCCCUCUAUCGAGCCUUUGACUCCUCCACCGCAGUAUGACGAGGUCCAGGCAAAGGCCCCCGAGGCCCGGCCACCCGAUUGAAAGACUCUCUGACUACGCUCCCUCCUGUCUCACCCUCCACACCAACAGACUUCGCCAAAGCCACUCCAGCCCCAGUCGAGGGGGUCAAGGCACACUUAGCCACUGUGAUGGGGAUUCUGGGUAGAGGGAGUUACUAAGAACGGUUCACAGAGCCUCGCAGAGUAGGGGCGCCAGAAGGAUGCUGGGAGUUUGUGAUGCUCUGAACCAUGGCAAGGCAUUGUGGCCUUGGCACCCUCUCCAUCUUCCUCUCCCACUCGGGAUCAUUGCCCACACACUCCUCUCCUGGGCAGGGACAGGAUCCCUAGUGACUCCCUUUAGACCAAGGUUGUCACUUCCACCACAGUUGCUGGGUUUCAAAGAGAAACCAAGUUUUGUGCUUGCCUUCUUCGCUGAGCCUUGAACCCGUGGAGAACAUGGCUCCAGCCUUGGCCAAAAGGACCUAGGACUGUCUGAUGGAUAAAAUGAUGGCCGUGUGGGAGUGAAUUGUGAGGGAGGUGCCUAGAGGCCCCUAGUGCUGCCGGUUCUUUGAGGGUCUAAGGCCUGAUGACCUUCAGCACGGGACACAGAAGAUGAUUGUCUGAGUCGGUACACUGGUCUCCCAUGGGUAAUGGGAGGCAAGAGGGGAAGGCGCUGCCCCGUGCCUUCUCAAACACCAUGCAACUGGGCAUUUUAUAAUAAAGUGUUUUAUAUGUAGCA